CAAUCUAGCAGUAUCCAGGUAACGGAGUGAUUUUCAACAAGGCAUCUGGGUUAUAAUAGCUUGAAAUAAUGUAAUUCCAGCAUUAAAAGGCAGUUUGCAUUACAAGGGCAUUGGCAAUGUUGCUAUAAACUUCAGUUGAAUUAAAUAUGUCCUGACACCAACCCCUAUACAUAAUUGCAUCGCCUUGAACCUGGCCUCUUUAGCUGUGUCCUGUUUCUAAUUCACCAUUGUUAUCAUGAGUUUGGGGCAUCGGCCAGUGCGUCUGCUAAUAAACCCAGUGGCUUUUUUGUCCAUGGUGAUCCUAUGCUUUUGACAUUGACACACACACACAUAAGAAUGCUAACCCAGCAGAGAAGCAAGGAGGCGGUUUUCCUUUGUAGUCACUAAGGAAUGCGGAAAUGUUGCAGCUCUGUGUCAAACUUCUCCUGAGGGGGUCACGGCAUAGUCAGCCAGCGUGGGAAAGGGAAAAGGGAAAAACAGAAUCGCAGCCCACAGACCUGCAUUAAAAUAUUUUGGAUUAGAACUUAAAAAAAAAAAAAGGUUGCGUAAAGAGAAAUACAAUUUGGUAGAUUAAGAGCUCAUCUAUACGCUUUGAUCUCCAAAAAAACUUUUGCACUUGCACUGUUUUUGUUGUGUAUGUGUGUGGGAAACGAAUCCCCCUUUUUUGUGCUGCUCUGCCUAAAUUCCUGCUGAAGCUGUUGUUGCUACUGCUGGAGAAUGGGGGCCCGAGAGUACACUGCGCCUCUAACUGUGUGGCCCGGGCUGAGGACAGUAGGUGAUCAGUGAACUGUUUGCAAAGUUCCAUUCGCGAAGGAAGAGGUGCACCGGAGUGACGUUGCAUCCCUCUUUGGAAUUGUCGAUUUGAAAUUAUGGCGAUCUGGUAAUUGGAAGAGGGCACAGAUACAAUCUUCGUGCGACAGUUUGUGAUUUUAAAACGGCUAUUGUAGACAUGAAAUUGCUUCACCUGCCCAAUUGAUGUCUUCUUUAUAACUGCUGUUGCCUGCCUGCCUGCCUGCCUGCCUGCCUGCCUGGGACGCUGGUUCCUUCUACAACUCGUUCUAAAGAUGGAUAAAGAAAGCUCAACUCAACAGUACGAACCGGUUGCUGAGAUCGGCGAAGGAGCUUAUGGGAAGGUGUAUAAAGCACGGGAUUUGAAGAAUGGGGGUCGCUUUGUAGCCCUCAAAAGGGUCCGGGUUCAAACAGGAGAAGAGGGGAUGCCUCUCUCUACCAUCCGCGAGGUGGCAGUACUGAAACAGUUGGAAUCAUUUGAACACCCCAACGUUGUCAGGUUGUUUGAUGUGUGCACAGUGUCAAGAACAGACAGAGAGACCAAACUGACCCUUGUCUUCGAGCAUGUUGAUCAAGAUUUGACCACCUAUUUGGAGAAAGCUCCACAGCCGGGUGUGCCUCCUGAAACCAUUAAGGAUAUGAUGUUCCAGCUGCUGCAGGGUCUGGAUUUCCUUCACUCCCACCGAGUCGUUCACCGGGAUCUCAAGCCUCAGAACAUCCUUGUCACUGGCAGCGGUCAGAUCAAACUGGCUGACUUUGGCUUGGCAAGAAUCUACAGCUUUCAGAUGGCACUUACCUCAGUGGUCGUCACACUGUGGUACCGGGCGCCAGAGGUUUUACUUCAGUCCAGUUACGCAACGCCGGUGGACCUUUGGAGUGUUGGUUGCAUAUUUGCUGAAAUGUUUAGACGAAGGCCGCUUUUCCGGGGGAAUUCAGAUGUUGACCAACUGGGAAAAAUCUUUGAUGUCAUCGGUGUACCAGGAGAAGGGGACUGGCCAGAUGAUGUGGCCCUUCCAAGGAGUGCUUUUUCUCAGAGACCUUCACAGCCCAUUGGGGAUUUUGUACCAGACAUAGAGGAACUGGGAAAAGACCUACUGCUUCAAUUUCUGACAUUCAAUCCAACAAAGAGAAUAUCGGCGUAUAGUUCUUUAUCACAUCCAUACUUCCAGGACCUUGAGCGAUACAAUCAGAGCAUGGACUUGCAGAUCUCUUCAAGCCAGACAACCACAGAGGAGAAUGCAGCAUGAACAUGGUCUGUUGAGAAUAGAAGCAAGAUACUAAAGCUUGAAGAAGCAUCUGGUUUGCUGGAGGUUUUAAAACUCUAACUCUGCCCUUUUGUUACUUAUUUGCUGGUAUAUAAAAUAAAUUAAAAAAGAAGAAAAAAAUAUUUGUCACGACACCAUGCUGCUUUAAGAAUAACUUCUCUAUUUUCUUGGGAUACAAGCAUUUUUCUAUAUUGUUUACCUUCUUCCAAACAAUGCAAGGAUCAUUGCAGCUCCACAUGUGUAACUGGAAGAGUGCUGGAGAUACAGAAGCUGCUCACCACACCUACUGCCUUUCUAUCUUGAAGAUUGCUGCCAAACUUCAAACACGGUCACUGCCUGUACCCUGCCAGGACGUUUUUUGGGGGGUUUUUUUGGUUUGGUUUGGUUUUGUUUUUUGUUGUUUUUUAGUCAAUGCAGCUGCUAAACCUUUUUUGGAACCUGUUCUUAGAAUGUUAAUUCUAUGGUAAGGUUUUUUUGGUAUGUUUGUUUUGUUUUUAAUGUAUAAUACAGUAAUUGUUACACACAAAUCAACCUACAAACUACAGUACUUUGUUUAAAAUCAAGUCUGCCAUCUUGUGGCUUCUAAGAACCAUUGCAACCAGAAACCAAUAUGUGCUUCCUUAUAUAUUUGAAUGGGAAUUAGAAUACAAUUUCAUGUUUGGGACAAUGGACCAUGUUAUAACUUUUUUAAAGCUGAGAUAUUUUGUAGUUUAAGGUAAAAUGAUACUGUACAUGCUUUUCCUUUCAUUGAAAGUCACAAUUCUAAUAUCAAUGCGCAACUGAUAUUGGAAAUAAGAAUUACUGUAAAAGUUAUCACAGCUAGAUGUGAAAAAGUUAGAACAUUGACAAAUCUUAAAAUUUACUGGUAAAUAUCUGAAAUAAACAUGAUUAAACUUUACUUCAGAUGUUUACUGGUAAAUCUCAAGAAUAACCAAGUGCCUUUACCAAUAAGUAUCAGUAAAUCAUAAGAUUGACUGGUAAAUGUCAGAAAAGCCAUAUAUUGCUUCAUAAUUUCAGACAUUUACCACCUUACUUGGUAAAUGUUGACCAUUACUGGUAAAACUUAAGAUUAACCAGAUUCAAACUUUUACCGUAAAACAUACAUAGGGAAAGGAUUUAACAAAAUAACAUAUACACAAUCUAAUACAUAUCAUAUUAUAUUAAAUAACCUUAUAUGAUGUUUAUGUCACGUAAAUAUUAUUUUUUUUUAAAAAUCAGCUAUGUAUAGAUAUCUGUUUAUCCUAUCAAUGUAGCAAUGGUGGAAAAGGUACUCCACUGCCACUUAGUUUUGCAGCUGUCUUUGUUCUAUAAAAGCUACAGCAAAUGUAUGUGCUACAUAUGUGCUUAGAAGUCAUCUUAGACUGCUAAUGCAGAGGGAGAUGCCAAGUAAACCUUUCAGACGUCUAUAUAUAUAUAUAUAUAUAUAUAUAUAUAUAUAUAUAUAUAUAUAUAUAUAUAUAUAUACUGUAUUUAGGAUAGACUAUGAAGGAUACAGUUCAAAACAACAUCCAGAGUAUGAUGUCCUUGGGAAGAAGAAUAUCUGAAAUAUUCCUUACGUUUUUAAAUGUUAGCAGACUGAGGGCACACAAAAAUUUAAGCAAGCUUUUUUAAAAAAAAAAAAAAAAAAAAAAAGACUUAAAGUUUAGUGUUCAUCAAAUCUUUCUUGAUGGUUUCUAAAGAGGUCUUUGAAUGUGGAGGUUUACAAAAACUCAUAAAGUUAAAGUUCUGUGUGAACACAUUUAUAUGCUGAAGACAGAAAAAUACCAUGUUUUAGGAAAUAAAUAACCAACAAUUACAGUUGAGAAACUUUAACAUUUUUUUGUUUGUUUUUGUUUCCCUUUCAUAAAAACAUGGGGCAAAUUUUGCACUGAAGCAACAACAAAAAAAACCUUCAAAAAGAUACCAUUAGUAUUUAAUUGUUGUUUCUUUCACAGUCUCUUGUGUUCUCUCAGUGCAGGACUCCUCACACGGUCCAAUAGGGACAAUGCAGGUGGAGCUGGAGAAGCUGCCACCUGUCCUGCCCUGCUUAGCAGCAGCAUACACUGGUUAAUCAGCAUCUUCAUUUUCAGCAUCACGUUUUCACUGUCUUCCGUGCCAUUCAAAAAUGUCAUAAUCUUUUCUAAUCGUAAGAUUACAAUACUUUGGACUGUGGGCUCCUAGCCCUGCAAGCAGAAUGUCAAAAGAGAGUUUAGGAAAGUACAGUAUUUGUAGCUGAUUAAAAGUAGUUCAUUUAUAAAUACACCUUAACCUAUAUCCACAUUUCAUUGGAAUUAAUUUCAUUGGAAUAUUAGUGACAGCAAUUGUUUUUAAUACAGUAUGUGCAUCAUUAUGGAUGAUUUCUUAGCAAUUGAAUCAUACAUUAGGCAGCACUAUGCAUUUUAGAAAACAAAUGGCCUUUCACUUUAAAUUGCUAUAGUUCAUAAUCUAAGAAACAUCUUGCUAUUGGUUUGAUAAAUGUAUUUGCUUAAUUUUUUAUUAGUACAAUGACAUGCUGAUAAGUUGAGUAUAGACUCAUUUACUAGAGAUGCUGAGCACUCCCUUCCAGUAGUGCAGGUAACCAAGGGUGUUGGAAUCAUAUGGUGGUACUUUAUAAAUAUGAAAUAAAAACAUUAAUAAUACAAUAAUCAUGCUCCAUAAGAGCAUAAUUGAGAGCUGAAUACACUGUAACUUUGUAUUGUUGGUUAUUAACAUGGUUUUUUGUCUAGCCUGAUUAUCUAACUUGUAUUUAUUAUUAAUAAUACAUAUCGCAGAGCUCAAGCCUACAUUGCACAUAUGAAAUGUUGAUUUCAGUGUUGUGAUUUCCCCAUACAGAAGUAGAUGUAGUGCUAUAAGGAAUGUGUCAUUGUUUGAUUGUCUUGUGGGUGGCAAUAAGCUCAGGUUAGGUUAAAUAAAAUGCUAAUUCAGAUUGAAGAAAUUUGUUUUGGUGUAGAUACAUAAUUACUAAACAGGUCAGAUGGUUGCAAAGGUUAUACUUGCUACAAUAUUACAAUCUAUUUUUAAGGGGAGGUAUUUUAUUACUAACUUGGGAGGGGAACUAUUUUAUCUGACAUCGUACAUAUUUGGAUGCCACAUUUAUAUAGCACCCCCUCCCCACACAGACUCACACAUUUAUUUCUUACUGCGGUAGCAACAUGAUGUUUAAGACUUUUAAAUAAUUGUGUGAAGAAAACAAGAGAAGGGUGUAUGUACAAGAGCCAUGGGUGAAAGAAGGGUUAAAGUGUAAUGUGACAGGUGACAUGACAGGGUGUUUCCAUAGCAACUUAAGCUAAAGAGAUACCAGUUGUAACCAGCCCUGAAAAAAGGGUUUUCUUUGUUGCUAAAAUGUAUCAUCGUCUCUGUAUAAAAUUGUAUGUAGUAAUGCAAAUUUUGGUUGAAUGUAUUUUUUUAAUAUGCAUUUAUCCAUCAUUUUCAGAGGUUUUUAAUUUGAUUCAGAAGGUGGUUAAAGAGGCAAACAUAUUUAGAUAAAAGCAUCCACUUUAUUCAUUUUGCAAGUCUUAAUUCAAGAAAAAUGGUAAAACAUUAUGUUAAUAUUGUUUGUUUUUCAUUCUCUGUAGUGAGGAAACCAUUUUCCUUCACUGUUAACAGUACUGUUUCAAAACUUAUUUCUUAUUAUUGAAACCCAUUACACUUAUCAAUAUUUGAAUAUGAUUUGCCUAAUCUUCUGAAUUCCACACAGAAGAAAGGUCACUGAUUUUAUUAGUUAACUAGAAACUAUUUGAUUCACAGCCUUUCAUUUUACUGAAAUGUAUGCAUUUAGCAUUCUGUGUCACAAAUCUGUAAAAUGCAGUAAGCAUUACCGUGCUUGACAGAAGAACUGUAUAUUGGCAUUUUGUUGUCGGGUUCUGCUUUCUACUAUUCAAAUAGAGGUCACUACACUGAGACAUGCUAUUGGUGUAGUGGUUCUGACUUAUACAUUUAUGCUUGGAUUCACCAGUAGGUUUUUCCAUUUAAAUCUAAAUGUUGUUUGUUUUUUUCCAAACAUCAAUGAUGUAAGGCAACCUAAGCUGUUGCCACAGCACAUACUUUUACUGUAUAUCUUUACACUUGAAACUAAAUCCAAAAUAAUAUCAGAUUGUGGUCUAAAUGGUGCCAUUAGUGCUACUAUUCACUGCCAAGGAUUCCACAACUGCUCAAAUCAUAGAUACCAGUAGUACUGUAUAGAGUUUUAAAUCUUGAACUGUAUAAUAGUGUAUGAGUACAGUAUGUUAAUAAGCAGGAUAAGACUUGGUUACCAAGUGGUAAAAACUGUCCGGCAGCGUGCCUGUAAAGCUGAAAUGUAGUUGCUAUGGAAAAAUACACAGCAAUGUUAAUUCCUUAGCACUAUUAAGUUAGCAGUUUUUUUUGUUGGUUGGUUUGUCUUUAAACACCAGUUAAGGACAUAGUGCACACUAUGUUCUCAGAGGUGUAGUAAACGAUGAGGUGGGGGUUGUGCAGCAGAAGAUUCUCUUUUCAUUGUUUGCCUCUUCAUUCAUUGCUUCAUCGGACAUGUUGUAAUUUAAAACUAUAUAGUUCCAAAACAUCAUCUUUUUAUAUUACUACAGUGGACGAACAGCACAGCAUUUUUUCCAGAUGUUUAUGGAGCAUAUAAUGGACUUUUAUAAAACACACAGUUUUUACAUUUUGCAAUAGUGCUGGUAUAUAAAUUAAGUAUAUACAAUAAGGCAUCAUUUUUCAUAUCUUUAUCCUAAGUGCAUUUUUUUUAAAUAAGUCCUUGAAAGACAAAUACGAGAUGUUUUGUAACAAUUUAUAUGAACCACACUGGCCAUUAUAUAAGUGCCAGGACCUUCCUAUCGCAAUAGUACUUCAUUUGCAUACUGCCUGCUUUUUUGUAAUAAUCUGUAUGGUUUCCAGAUGCUCAUGUUUUAUGUGUAAUGCUUAACUUCAGCUGCCAAAUGUUUCUAUGAUAGUUUGGAAAUAUAAUUCAUUAUUAUAGCAUUGUUUUUUUUGUUGUUUUUAUUAGCAAUUCUUAAGUUGUUUGCUGCUAAUUUAUGUCCUGUUCUGGUCUAUACCAUUUGCUGAUCAGAAAAACAAGAAUUGGUAAAACCUGCUACCAAUGAUAAAGCUGCUUUUAUUGAAUGAAUUUGUUCUACAUUUUGUGCUUGUGUGUCUCUUAGCUCCAACUGCUUUACAAUUUUAUUUUUAUAAAAUAAAUAUUUCAGUGUGUAAAAAGUUAGAA